GCACCGUUUCGACUGCAUCAAGAGAUCGUUCACCGAUUGACAAUUAUCAGGCAAGUUAAGCAGGAGUUUGCUCAUCAUGAGUCUUUUGAAGUUCGAAUAUUUGUUGGUUUUCAUGUUAGUCCUGAUCUGAAGUUUACAACUCGCACUAAUUUGCCAUUACCUAAGGGUUCAGAUAUUCAGAACCGAAAUUCUGUACCUGCAUCAUGUUGGCAAACGUCAACUGGUUGGGAUCGUCGUGUUCUUGGCAAUUCUUGCUCUCUAGAACAGUUGGAACAUAACGCACCAAAAGGAUGUUGUGCUAAACCGAAAGGUGAUGAUUUAUUUGAAUGGGUUGCGGUGAUCGAAGGUCCUGAAGAUACAGUUUAUCGUGGUGGAAUAUUCUUCAUCGAAUUACACAUUCCUGAUGAUUAUCCUUUUCAUCCGCCAACGGUGCAUUUUAAUGUGGUAUUUCUAACUCAAAUCUAUCAUUGUAAUAUAAGUCGUGGCAUGGUUUGUGCAGAUAUUUUACGUCAUGGAUGGACACCAUCAAUGACCAUUUCAACUAUAUUGCAAGCAAUUGUUAGUCUGUUGUAUGUCUGCAAUCCAGCAGAUCCACUUGUUCCAACAAUUGCCGAACAAUAUCUGAAUGAUCGCGUGAAAUUCGAGAAAAUGGCUCGAUUAUGGACGUUAAGAUAUGCGUCAUAA